AUGGUUUACGAUUUCGAGUUAGUCUAUGAACAUUUUAGGAAGGAAGACCCACUUAGCUUUGAAGAGAAAGUUGAUCCUAUGGUGGCAGAAUAUUGGUUGAAGUUGGUAGAAGCUAUCUUUGACCACAUGGAGCUGAACGAUCAUCAAAGGGUUUCGUGUGCAGCUCACAUACUCAAAAUGGAUGCAAAGAUAUGGUGGGACGUGGUGAAGGAGACUCGUGACCUAAACACUAUUACUUGGGAGAAUUUCAUUCAAGAAUUUAGCAAAAAGUAUUACAGUGCAGUUGUAUUGGAAACCAAGAAGUUUGGUAGAUUGGCAAGGUUUGCACCUGAAAUAGUACCAAUUGAGGCCAUGCGAGUCCAUAGGUUUAUGAGAGGGCUUCAGCCCAUGAUUACUAGAGAUGUCAAGAUGACCAGUGUUGAGAUGGUUAGUUACGUUGAGGUUUUUAAUAAAGCUCUUGAUGCGAAAUACUUGGAAGACCGCAUAUCGAAGGACAGUGAUGCAAGAAGGGAGGCCAAUAAAAACAAGGGUUUCCAUAAGGGUAACAAGAGGCAGGCCCAUGAGGGACAAAGCAGUGGAAACGUUAAGAGGCCUAAACCCCUGGCCUCAAAUGGCAACAAUCAUAACAAUUGUAACUAUAACAACAAUCGUAACCAUCACAAAAAUUGUCACAACUGCGGAAACCACCAGAACAACAAAUUUGAGUACCCCAAUUGUCCUAAAUGCUCACGCUGA